AUGUCCAACGUGGAUGCUACCCUCUUCCAAGCCACGAUCAUCUCUCACCCGAACUACGACAACAGCGGCCUUCUGAGUCUCGCUCUACAGUUAAUUCAUGAUCCACCCAACAACCAAGUAGUCACUACCCUGCUUAAACCAAGUCUCAACGUCCUCACUGGGGCCUUCAGAUGUACUUGGUUCUUUCUGCGCAUGUGCGCCCACAGCGCCCCCUACUACCCCUUCCGAAACACGCAACACUCCCGUCUGCGCAUGCCCAGUGCCUCACCUGCUGACCCCGACUUGGAGCUGCAUGAGGUUAGCGACCAUCUCUUAGACUGCUACAUGCCCAAUACGCACAUCCCACAGGUCCCCGAAACCAAGUCAUCUGGAAAAGUCUGGAGCAUCACCAAGAUGUCGCGUCCUGCCCAGUGGAUCCCAGGGAGGGUCCGAGACCAGUCUUGUCUCCCCUGGAGGAUUCCUUCGGCCCCGCGGGGUCCCCACUGCGGCCUGACGCUGGCAGCGGGGCUCUGGGGGCUCGGGGGCUUGGGACGAGCCUCGAGGCCGUGCAGCCGGAGACUACAACUCCCAGGCGGCACCGCGGCGGCGGCGGCGGCAGCGGCGGGCACGUCACUCAGGCACCGCCGGCGGCCCCGGGCAGCGGCGCGGGCGGGGGCAGGGGCUGGGGCCGACCGGGAGGCGGGUGCUGAGGAUGGGGGCCGCCUGGCCGCCCUGCGCGUGAGGAGGCCGAGGGGCGCGCCACCCCGUCCUGGGGCGGGCGCCCCCCGGGCCCCGCUACCUCCGCCCCGCCCGGCGGUCGUGGCCCGGGAUGCGGAGCCGGGGGCCGCCGGUGGAGCUGCGCGGGGUGAGAGGCGCGGGGAAGGGGGCUGCCUGCUUCCCUCGCCCUCGUCCCCCACCGGCGGGCCCCGGCAGGAAUUCGGGAGCCGCGCGGCCAGCGGCCUCCCGCAGCCCCCGGCCCCUCCCCCAUGGAGGAGGAGGUGGGGGGGGGCGGCCAAGGAGUGGGGCACGACCCCCGCGGGGCCCGUCUGGACCGCGGUGUUCGACUACGAGGCGGCGGGCGACGAGGAGCUGACCCUGCGGAGGGGCGACCGCGUCCAGGUGCUGUCCCAGGACUGGGCCGUGUCCGGCGACGAAGGCUGGUGGACCGGGCAGCUACCCAGCGGCCGCGUGGGCGUCUUCCCCAGCAACUACGUGGCCCCCGGCCCCCCCGCCGCGCCCGCGGGCCUCCAGCUGCCCCAAGAGAUCCCCUUCCACGAGCUGCAGCUAGAGGAGAUCAUCGGUGUUGGGGGCUUUGGCAAGGUCUAUCGGGCCCUAUGGCGUGGCGAGGAGGUGGCUGUCAAGGCCGCCCGACUGGACCCUGAGCGGGACCCAGCAGUGACAGCAGAGCAGGUGCGCCAGGAGGCCCGGCUCUUCGGAGCCCUGCAGCACCCCAACAUCAUUGCCCUCCGAGGCGCCUGCCUCAGCCCCCCACACCUCUGCCUGGUGAUGGAGUAUGCCAGGGGGGGCGCGCUGAGCAGGGUGCUGGCGGGUCGCCGGGUGCCCCCUCACGUGCUGGUCAACUGGGCUGUGCAGGUGGCCCGGGGCAUGAACUACCUACACAAUGAUGCCCCUGUGCCCAUCAUCCACCGGGACCUCAAGUCCAUCAACAUCCUUAUUCUGGAGGCCAUCGAGAACCACAACCUCGCAGACACGGUGCUCAAGAUCACAGACUUCGGCCUCGCCCGCGAGUGGCACAAGACCACCAAAAUGAGCGCCGCGGGGACUUACGCCUGGAUGGCUCCGGAGGUCAUCCGUCUCUCCCUCUUCUCCAAAAGCAGUGACGUCUGGAGCUUCGGGGUGCUGCUCUGGGAGCUGCUGACGGGGGAAGUCCCCUACCGGGAAAUCGACGCCUUGGCCGUGGCGUACGGCGUGGCUAUGAACAAGCUGACGCUGCCCAUCCCCUCCACCUGCCCCGAGCCCUUUGCCCGCCUACUGGAGGAAUGCUGGGACCCGGACCCCCAUGGGCGGCCAGAUUUUGGCAGCAUCUUGAAGCAGCUGGAAGUCAUCGAACAGUCAGCCCUGUUCCAGAUGCCGCUGGAGUCCUUCCACUCGCUGCAGGAAGACUGGAAGCUGGAGAUCCAGCACAUGUUCGAUGACCUCCGGACCAAGGAGAAGGAGCUGCGGAGCCGCGAGGAGGAGCUGCUGCGGGCGGCGCAGGAGCAGCGCUGCCAGGAGGAGCAGCUGCGGCGGCGGGAGCAGGAGCUGGCCGAGCGCGAGAUGGACAUCGUGGAGCGGGAGCUGCACCUGCUCAUGUGCCAGCUGAGCCAGGAGAAGCCGCGGGUCCGCAAACGCAAGGGCAACUUCACGCGCAGCCGCCUGCUCAAGCUGCGGGAAGGCGGCAGCCGCAUCAGCCUGCCCUCCGGCUUCGAGCAUAAGAUCACAGUCCAGGCCUCUCCGACCCUGGAGAAGCGGAAAGGAUCUGAUGGGGCCAGCCCCCCCGCGAGCCCCAGCAUCAUCCCCCGGCUGAGGGCCAUUCGCCUGACUCCCGUGGAUGGUGGCGGUGGCAGCAGCAGUGGCAGCAGCAGUGCUGGCAGUGUGACGUGGGGCCGCAGCGGGCCCCCAAAGAAGGAAGAACUGGUUGGGGGCAAGAAGAAAGGCCGGACCUGGGGCCCCAGCUCCACCCUGCAGAAGGAGCGGGCGGGAGGAGAGGAGAGGCUGAAGGCCCUCGGGGAAGGAAGCAAACAGUGGUCAUCCAGCGCCCCCAACCUGGGCAAAUCCCCCAAACACACACCCAUCGCCCCUGGCUUCGCCAGCCUCAAUGAGAUGGAGGAGUUCGCGGAGGCGGACGAAGGCGGCAGCGUGCCCCCCUCCCCGUACAGCACCCCGGCCUACCUCACGGUGCCGCUGCCCGCCGAGCGCUCCCCCGGGGCGCCCCCCGCGCGGCCCGGCCCCGGCGCCCGGCGGCGCUGCGAGCUGGCGCUCCUGGGCUGCGCCUCGCUGCUGGGCGCCGUGGGCCUGGGCGCCGACGUGGCCGAGGCGCGCGCGGCGGAUGGCGAGGAGCAGCGGCGCUGGCUCGACGGCCUCUUCCCCCGCGCCGGCCGCUGCCCGCGGGGCCCCGGCUCGCCCGCGCGCUCCCCCGGCCGCCGCGACGACGCCGCCCCCGGCCCGGGCCUGGCGCCCUCGGCCACCCUCGUGUCGCUGUCGUCCGUGUCCGACUGCAACUCCACGCGCUCGCUGCUGCGCUCUGACAGCGACGAGGCCGCGCCGGCCGCGCCCUCCCCGCCUCCCUCCCCGCCUCCCUCCCCGCCCGCGCCGUCGCCCCCGCCCAGCGCCAACCCCCUGGUGGACCUGGAGCUGGAGAGCUUCAAGAAGGCCCCCGGCCAGUCGCUCACGCCCACCCACGUCACGGCCGCACGCGCCGUGAGCCGCGGGCACCGGCGGACGCCGUCGGACGGCGCUCUGGGGCAUCGGGGGGCGCCCGAGCCCGUGGGCCCCGGCCCUGGCCCUCGAGAUCCCCUGGACUUCCCUCGCCUGCCCGACCCUCAAGCCCUGUUCCCCACCCGCCGCCGGCCCCCCGAGUUCCCUGGCCGCCCCACCACCCUGACCUUCGCCCCGAGACCCCGGCCGGCCGCCAGCCGCCCCCGCCUGGACCCCUGGAAACUGGUCUCCUUUGGCCGGACACUCAGCAUCUCGCCUCCCAGCAGGCCGGACACUCCGGAGAGCCCCGGGCCCCCCAGCAUGCAGCCCACGCUGCUUGACAUGGACAUGGAGGGGCAGAGCCAGGACAGCACGGUGCCCCUGUGCGGCGGGGCCCGGGGCUCCCGCUGAGGCCUGCCGCCACUGCCCUCGGGGCAGCCAUGAAUGUAGCGCCCCAGGCCCCGCCCCAGCCCAGCCGGCCAGAGGCGGGGAGGCCCUGCGCAGGAUAUUCGCUCUAUUUAUUGGGGAA